GCAACCAUGAAAAGAAAAUUUUGGCAUAUUUUCUUCAAAAAAGUGUCUCUAAUUCCUUAAUUGAUGGACAUUUUAGUCUUAAAUCCUUUUGAACUGAAGGAAAAACUCAUUAUCAGAUAAUUAUGUACUCUAAAUAUAUGUCAAAACUCUCUGGAUUCAUGAAAAUUCCGUUGAAAUCGUCCUUUUGUCAGAACUUGCAACAUGGUCAUGGAAAUGCAUCUUCCGUGUCCGUAUUUUGCAAUCACCGUCACCUUUCAUUUUCUGUAACGCCUAAUGUGCUUGGACGCAAGGGUUUGACUCGGAUGAUAACUGGUGGCCAGAUAUGUCAGAGUUAUCAACCUUACUCAACUGCUUCCACCAGUGGUGAUUUGGGGACAGAAACUGUAAAAGACCAGAGCAUUUCUACUUUGAAGACAAUGCAUAGAACCUUAGAGGAUCAUCACAUGCGCCUGUUGAAGGAUCCUGAUCAACCGCAGGAUGCGCAGUCUUUAAAGGUGGCCAUAGUUGGAGCGCCGAAUGCUGGCAAAUCAACUUUAACCAACGCUUUACUCGGAUGGAGGGUCUCCUCAGUCUCAAGCAAGGUUCACACAACACGAUCUAGAAUCAAUGUCGUCUUAACAGAGAUGAAUAAGCAGAUUAUAUUCUUGGACACACCUGGAAUGGUCCAUCCAAGUAAAAGAAAGAAACAUAAUUUGGAGCAUUCCUUGAUACGCGAUCCUUAUUCUUCUCUAUACCAAGCUGAUAUCAUUGCUGUUAUUGUUGAUGUAUCUGUGCCAUGGGUGUCCGCUGGUCUUGAUAAGCAGAUUCUUAAAGCUCUUUCCAUCCAUGAAGACAAGACUGCUAUUCUUGUACUCAAUAAGGUUGAUCUUCUUAAGUCUAAGCACAAAUUACUUCAACUAACAAGACUUCUGACUGAAGGUGUUAUUGAUGGUACAAGGGACAGUUUUGUUGCCAAGGCAACCACAAAGAAACGGAUCAAACAAAUACUGGAGGAAGAAAGCACAAAUGAAUUACUGCAGAAACAUAUGCCUCAAGGACGAAUUCAGAAAAACAUUGACAGUGAAAAUGAAAAUGAAGAGGAAAAAGACAAUAUCUUAUUGAAAGAGGAUCAACAAGGUGAUCACACAGAAACUUCAGAUUUAAAUGAUCAAGAAACUGUGAGUGGUUCAGAUGAGAGCAGUGAUAAAAGUGACCUCUGGAAUGUUGGUGGCAUCUUCAGAGGACAGAAAGUUGUGUCUGCCAUGCCGGAAGGGAAAUCUCGUCGGAAUGCAAUGCCUGCUAUGGAGCUUAGGAGUUGGGAUGAGUAUGCUCAGGCAUUGAAGAGAGCGCAGGAAAAUGUGAAGGACAGGCGGGGAUGGGAUCAGUUCAAGCAGGUCUUCAUGGUGUCAUCAACUGAACAUGAUGGAGUGGAGGAUCUGAAAGACUAUCUGCUUGACCAAGCUACCCCUGGUGACUGGCUUUAUCACAGUAGUGUUGUGACUGACCAGACACCAGUUGACAUCAUCAGACACUGCAUUUGGGAGAAACUCCUCGAUCAUCUACCCAAUGACAUCCCCUAUAACUUAGACCUUGAACUCGAGAUGGUUGUGGAAGAAGGGUCUAUGUUCCGUAUUGCUGUAAAUGUUAUUUGUCCAUCGGAAAGACACAUGCGCUUCACCAUGGGCAGAGGAGGGAGGAAUAUCGCACUCGUUGCAGCAGAGGCUAAACAGGCACUUAUGAACACUUUCAAAUGUGACCUGUCUCUUAUGUUGGUGGCCAAACUGAGACGGUGAUAGUGGGAGGAAUUCAUGUGAAUAUUACAGACUCGCCCACAUUAUGUGACUGGAACAGUUCAAAGGCUUACAUGUAGAUUCCCUUUCAAGUCAUGUCUCGUUUGUAAAAUUCAUGAAACA